UUUAAAGGGUGAUUCUCAUUUCGUUCUACUUUGAGAAAGGGAACGCUACUCCUUUGCAAAGAUGGGUAACCGGGGUAUGGAGGAUCUUAUUCCUCUUGUAAAUAGAAUGCAGGAUGCAUUCUCUGCCAUCGGACAAAAUGCCAACCUGGACCUCCCUCAGAUCGCUGUGGUCGGCGGCCAAAGUGCAGGAAAAAGCUCGGUGCUGGAGAACUUCGUGGGGAAGGACUUCCUGCCCCGUGGCUCUGGCAUUGUCACCCGUCGCCCCCUGGUCCUGCAGCUCAUCAACUGUCCCACAGAGUAUGCGGAGUUUCUGCACUGCAAGGGGAAGAAGUUCACAGACUUCGACGAGGUGCGGCAGGAGAUCGAGGCGGAGACUGACCGCCUCACCGGGCAGAAUAAGGGCAUCUCGCCCGUGCCCAUCAACCUGCGGGUCUACUCGCCGAACGUCCUGAACCUGACCCUGGUGGACUUGCCGGGAAUGACCAAAGUGCCCGUGGGUGACCAACCGGCCGACAUCGAGCAGCAGAUCAGGGACAUGCUGAUGCAGUUUGUGACCAAGGAGAACUGCCUACUGCUGGCUGUGUCCCCCGCCAACUCUGACCUCGCCAACUCCGACGCCCUCAAGAUUGCCAAAGAAGUGGAUAGGCAAGGUCAGCGCACCAUUGGUGUGAUUACUAAGCUGGAUCUGAUGGACGAGGGAACUGACGCUCGAGAUAUUCUGGAGAACAAGCUGCUACCACUGCGUCGAGGCUACAUCGGGGUGGUGAACCGGAGCCAGAAGGACAUCGAUGGGAAGAAGGACAUCAAUGCUGCCAUGGCUGCAGAGAGGAAGUUUUUCCUGUCCCACCCAGCCUACAGGCACCUGGCUGACCGCAUGGGCACACCCUACCUGCAGAAAGUGCUCAACCAGCAACUGACCAAUCACAUCCGAGACACACUCCCGGGGCUGCGUGCCAAGCUGCAGAGCCAGCUGCUGUCCAUCGAGAAGGAGGUGGAGGAGUACAAGAACUUCCGCCCUGAUGACCCGUCCCGCAAGACCAAGGCCCUGCUGCAGAUGGUUCAGCAGUUUUCAGUGGAUUUUGAGAAGCGCAUUGAGGGCUCGGGGGAUCAGAUCGACACCUACGAGCUGUCGGGCGGAGCCAGGAUCAACCGCAUCUUCCACGAGCGCUUCCCGUUCGAGCUGGUGAAGAUGGAGUUUAAUGAGAAGGAACUGCGCAAGGAGAUCAGCUAUGCCAUCAAGAACAUUCACGGCAUCAGGACGGGACUGUUUACCCCAGACUUGGCCUUUGAGGCCAUAGUGAAAAAGCAGAUCCAAAAACUGAAGCAGCCCUGCUUGAAGUGUAUAGAUAUGGUAGUGAGCGAGCUGACCUCCACCAUCCGAAAGUGUAGUGAAAAGUUGGCCCAGUACCCCAUGCUGAGGGAGGAGAUGGAGAGGAUCGUGACACAGCACAUCCGAGACCGCGAGAGUCGCACCAAGGAGCAGGUGAUGCUGCUGAUUGACAUCGAGCUGGCCUACAUGAACACCAAUCACGAGGACUUCAUCGGGUUUGCCAAUGCUCAGCAGAGGAGCAACCAGAUGAACAAGAAGAAGGCCGCUGGGAAUCAGGAUGAGAUAAUGGUGAUCCGAAAGGGCUGGCUGACCAUCAACAACAUCGGCAUCAUGAAGGGCGGGGCCAAGGAGUACUGGUUCGUCCUGACCGCCGAGUCCCUGUCCUGGUACAAGGACGACGAGGAGAAAGAGAAGAAGUACAUGCUACAAGUGGACAACCUGAAGCUGAGGGAUGUGGAGAAAGGAUUCAUGUCCAGCAAGCACAUCUUUGCCCUGUUCAACACCGAGCAGAGGAAUGUGUAUAAGGACUACCGCCAGCUGGAGCUGGCCUGCGAGUCACAGGAGGAGGUGGACGGAUGGAAGGCCUCCUUCCUGCGCGCCGGCGUUUACCCAGAACGCACUGUGGAGAAGGAGAAGAGUGAUACGGGAGAGGAGAACGGCUCCGAUGGCUUCAUGCACUCCAUGGACCCGCAGCUGGAGCGGCAGGUGGAGACGAUCCGCAACCUGGUGGACUCCUACAUGGCCAUUGUCAACAAGACCGUGCGUGACCUCAUGCCCAAGACCAUCAUGCACCUGAUGAUCAACAACACGAAGGACUUCAUCAACGCGGAGCUGCUGGCGAACCUGUACUCAUGUGGGGAUCAGAACUCGCUGAUGGAGGAGUCAGCGGAGCAGGCGCAGCACCGCGACGAGAUGCUGCGCAUGUACCACGCCCUGCGCGAGGCGCUCAGCAUCAUCGGCGACAUCAGCACCACCACCGUCUCCACGGCGAUGCCCCCGCCCGUCGACGACUCCUGGCUGCAGGUGCAGGGAGGCCAGGCCGGCCGCAGGUCUCCCGCCACCAGCCCGACUCCGCAGCGAAGAGCUCCGCCCCCAGGGCCUCCGGCUCGGCCCGGCUCCCGCGGCUCCGCCCCCGGCCCGCCCCCUGCGGGCGGCCCGCCUGUGCCCUCCCGCCCCGGAGCGUCCCCCGACCCCUUCGGAGGGCCACCCCCCCAGGUCCCCUCCCGACCCAACCGUGCGCCCCCCGGUGUGCCCAGAAUUACAAUCAGUGACCAAUGAGGAGUAUCGCUGCUGCCGGAGGGCGCCAGCCUCACCAACCCGACCCGGCAGACCCACAGACUCCUCCCUCCUUGACCUUUAACCCUGGACUCGCACCUCUCACCGCCCGCCUUCCCCUGGGCCUGGCACUGACCAUGGAUACAGCCCUACUCCCAGCCCCUCACCCCCUAGCUCCUCAUCCUCCUCUUCCUCCUCUUCCUCCACCAACCGCCACACUGUUCCCCACACCUUGCACACACUCACAAAUCAAACCAGUCGGGGUAUUUUCUGCCCUUGACAACAGAUCUAAGGUCAGGUUGUACACCCACAGUAUGUACUGUCACCAUUUAAUGUAAAUGUUUAGUUCUGAUCCAGGAUCAGUUGAUAAGGACAGAAAGUGUGUACAACUCAAGCCAGUACAUAUACCCUUACAAACACAACCACACAUCCACAUAUCCACUUACACAAAUGUGUCUGCAAACAUAUACACACAUGGAGACACAUGCAUACACAGUUAAUAUUAUACAUAAUAUAAUAUUAUACUACCAUCAAAGGGAGACCAAUGGGUAAAUCAAAUCUGACAGUAAUAUUGGUGACAAUCCCUUUGUUUUCCAUUGUCCAGUAUACUGCAGCUCGUACAAGCCAGCCUUUUCUUCAAUCUCUUAUCCUCAUUCGGGUCAGGGUAUUUGUAUUUUUUACGUAGACUCCGUGUGGCAAUAUCUCCAGACAUGCUCGUAAGAGUCACGGUGAUGACUGUAGAAAACAUGUUCUGUUGUGCUUUUGAGUUUACAUGGUGUGCAUUCAGGUAGAUGUGUACUUGCACGGGCUGAGAUGCAUCUUCAGUUCAGUUGUAAGUUGCCUUUAGUUUCCUGUCCCCUCACCUGUUUGUGUCUUUGACCUUUGACCGCCUAUCGUAUUGUCUCCCAGGCUGGGCAUGGUUGGACCGGUGGGACCAGCACACUGCCUCAAAACACACGUCCUUCUCCCCCUUUUAAGCCAGCAGAGACUCGGAUCAGUACCCCCCCCCCCCCC